GAGCGGAGCCGCCAGCGGCGCACAGGCAGCGGCAUGGGCCAGGGCGCGCGGCGGGCCGAGGGCGCGCGGGCGCCGGCAGCCAGGGCGUAGCGGCCCGGCCCGGCCCGGCCCGGGGGAUGGAGCGCGGCGGCUGCGGCGGCGAGGAGCGCCCGGGGGCGGCUCGAUAAGCGUCUCCCAUGGGCCUGAUCAACUGCCAGCGCAUGCCAUGGAACUUUGCGCCAAGAAACGCCCCCCAGAGGAGGAAAGGAGGGUGAAGGCGAAUGCUCGGGAGUACAAUGAAAAGUUCCAGUAUGCGAGUAACUGCAUCAAGACGUCAAAGUACAACAUCGUCACCUUCCUUCCCAUCAAUCUCUUCGAGCAAUUCCAGGAGGUGGCCAACACUUAUUUCCUCUUCCUUCUCAUCCUCCAGCUGAUCCCCCAGAUCUCCUCUCUCUCCUGGUUCACCACCAUAGUGCCUUUAGUUCUUGUGCUUACCAUCACAGCAGUCAAGGACGCCACCGACGAUUACUUUCGCCACAAGAGUGACAACCAGGUGAACAAUCGCCAGUCUCAGGUGUUGAUCAGUGGAAUACUCCAGCAGGAACAGUGGAUGAAUGUUCGUGUCGGUGACAUCAUCAAAUUGGAGAACAACCAGUUUGUGGCGGCUGACCUGCUCCUUCUGUCCAGCAGUGAACCUCACGGCCUUUGUUACAUCGAGACUGCUGAGCUAGACGGAGAAACCAACAUGAAGGUGAGGCAGGCUAUCCCCGUGACAUCGGAGCUGAGUGACACCAGCAAACUGGCGCACUUUGAUGGAGAAGUGAUCUGUGAGCCUCCCAACAAUAAACUGGAUAAGUUCAGCGGGACCCUGUACUGGAAGGAGAGCAAGCACUCGCUCAGCAACCAGAACAUGCUUCUACGCGGCUGUGUCCUUCGCAAUACGGAGUGGUGUUUUGGGCUGGUCAUCUUCGCAGGUCCAGACACCAAAUUGAUGCAGAACAGCGGGCGCACGAAAUUCAAGAGGACGAGUAUUGAUCGCUUAAUGAACACUCUGGUGCUUUGGAUUUUCGGCUUCCUGGUGUGCAUGGGUGUGAUCCUGGCUAUCGGCAACUCCAUCUGGGAGUAUGAGGUGGGCGCCUGCUUCCAAAUCUACCUGCCCUGGGACGAGGCGGUCGACAGUGCCUUCUUCUCUGGCUUCCUCUCCUUCUGGUCAUACAUCAUCAUCCUCAAUACCGUGGUCCCCAUCUCUCUUUAUGUCAGCGUGGAGGUGAUCCGUCUCGGGCACAGUUACUUCAUCAACUGGGACAAGAAGAUGUACUGUGGGAAGAGGUGCACGCCGGCAGAGGCGCGGACCACGACCCUGAACGAGGAGCUGGGGCAGGUGGAGUACAUCUUCUCGGACAAGACCGGGACCCUCACUCAGAACAUCAUGGUCUUCAGCAAGUGCUCCAUAAACAAACGAAGCUACGGUGACGUUUUGGACGUUCUGGGGUACAAGGCAGAGCUUGGAGAGAAAACGGAACCUGUCGAUUUCUCUUUCAACCCCCUGGCUGACCCCAAGUUCACAUUUUGGGACACCGGUCUCCUGGAGGCAGUCAAGCUGGGAGAUCCGCACGUCCAUGAAUUCUUCCGUCUGCUCUCUCUCUGCCACACGGUCAUGUCCGAGGAGAAGAACCCAGGAGAAUUAUAUUACAAAGCCCAGUCCCCGGAUGAGGGUGCCUUGGUGACCGCUGCCCGUAAUUUCGGUUUUGUGUUCCGUGCCCGCACCCCCAAGACGAUCACAGUGCAGGAGCUGGGGCGGCCUGUGACAUACCAGCUUCUGGCCAUCCUGGACUUCAACAACGUCCGCAAGCGCAUGUCUGUCAUUGUGCGGAACCACGAGGGGCAGAUCCGCCUGUACUGCAAAGGAGCGGACACCAUCUUGCUGGAGCGGCUUCACCCCGGCAACCAGGAGCUGUACAACGUGACCACCGACCACCUGAAUGAAUAUGCCGGGGAGGGUCUUCGAACGCUGGUGCUUGCCUAUCGCGACCUGGAGGAAAGCUACUAUGCCACUUGGGCCGAGAGAUUGCAUCGAGCCAGUAUGACCAGCGAGGGGCGUGAGGAGAGGGUGGCUCGGCUGUACGAGGAAGUCGAGAAUGACAUGGUGCUGCUGGGAGCCACCGCCAUUGAGGACAAGUUACAGCAGGGAGUUCCGGAGACCAUUGCCCUUCUCACGCUAGCAAACAUCAAGAUCUGGGUCCUGACUGGAGAUAAACAGGAAACGGCCGUGAACAUCGGCUACUCCUGCAAGAUGCUGACGGAUGAGAUGACCGAGGUGUUCAUCGUUACGGGACACACGGUCCUUGAGGUGCGGCAAGAGUUGCGGAAGGCCCGAGAGAAGAUGAUGGACUCCUCGCGGUCUGUGGGCAACGGGUUCACCUACCAGGAGAAAAUGUCUGCCUCUAAACUCACCUCAGUGCUGGAGGCGGUGGCGGGAGAGUACGCCCUGGUCAUCAACGGGCACAGCCUGGCGCAUGCGCUGGAGGCAGACAUGGAGCUGGAGUUCUUGGAGACGGCGUGUGCCUGCAAGGCCGUCAUCUGCUGCCGCGUCACCCCCUUACAGAAAGCCCAGGUGGUGGAGCUGGUCAAGAAGUACAAGAAGGCCGUCACCCUGGCGAUCGGCGAUGGGGCCAAUGACGUCAGUAUGAUCAAGACUGCCCACAUCGGCGUCGGCAUCAGCGGCCAGGAGGGCAUCCAGGCGGUGCUGGCCUCGGACUACUCCUUCUCGCAGUUCAAGUUCCUGCAGCGCCUCCUGCUGGUUCACGGGCGCUGGUCCUACCUGCGCAUGUGCAAGUUCCUCUGUUACUUCUUCUACAAGAACUUUGCCUUCACCAUGGUGCACUUCUGGUUCGGCUUCUUCUGCGGUUUCUCCGCCCAGACCGUCUACGAUCAGUAUUUCAUCACACUGUACAACAUUGUCUACACCUCGCUGCCUGUGCUCGCCAUGGGUGUCUUUGACCAGGACGUGCCUGAACAUCGCAGUCUGGAGUACCCCAAGCUGUACGAACCCGGGCAGCUGAAUCUCCUCUUCAACAAGCGGGAGUUUUUCAUCUGCAUCGCGCAGGGCAUCUACACCUCCGUCUUCAUGUUCUUCAUCCCGUACGGGGUCUUCAGCGACAACGCCCACCUCGCUGACUACCAGUCCUUCGCCGUCACUGUGGCAACCUCCCUCGUCAUUGUCGUCAGCGUACAGAUUGGGCUGGAUACAGGAUUCUGGACAGCCAUCAAUCACUUCUUCAUCUGGGGAAGCCUGGCUGCUUACUUUGCCAUCCUCUUCGCCAUGCACAGCGACGGCCUCUUCCAACUCUUCCCCAACCAGUUCCGUUUUGUCGGCAACGCCCAGAACACGCUCGCCCAACCUGCCGUGUGGCUGACGAUCGCACUCACGACCAUCAUUUGCAUCAUGCCCGUGGUCGCAUUCCGUUUCCUCAAAUUGGAUCUCAAACCGGAGUUGUCAGAUACGGUGCGCUAUACUCAGUUGGUGCGGAAAAAGCAGAAAACCCAACACCGCUGCAUGGGCCGGGUCGGUCGAGUCGGCUCGCGGCGCUCCGGCUACGCCUUUUCACACCAGGAGGGCUUCGGUGAGCUCAUCAUGUCCGGGAAGAACAUGCGGCUCAGCUCCUUGGCCCUCUCCAGCUUCAGCGCUCGCCCCAGCACCAGCUGGAUCGAGACCCUGCGGAAGAAGAAGAGCACGGGUGGAGACAGUAGCGUCGCCAGCAGCCCGAGCGGCGGAGGACCGGAGAAAACGCUGAAGGUGUGAGGAGCCCGGGAUGGUCCCGACUGGACAAACGCAAGCAAGGGCAAACCGGUGGCCUAGAGCAAAGGGUUGCUCGCAGGCCGGAAAAGGGCCGUCGCUGCUGGUUUCCUCGGAGACGUGGAACCUUCCCGAUGGAUCUUCAGUAUCGGCCCGAAACCUACAGGGCCCUCAUCAUAUAACCAAAAAACCAUAUCCAGCUGCCGGCAUAUAGUGGCGCAGCCUGCUGACUUGGUGAGACGGAUGGCCGUAACUCCCCCUUCCCUGAACAGAUGGACGUAAGCCCUUGACUGUUGCGUAAAAAGGGGUCUUUUUCAUCCAGUAACAUCCACCCGCUCCAGGAGCGCAACAUUUUGCUGCCCAAACCGCACACGAAUGUAUCUGGCUAGACACACAAGAAAGAUGGGCUCAGAGAAGGCUGGAGCCUCGCAGGGAGACGCCAGGGAGAAGUCCGCCCCUCCUGUCCUACCCUCUUCCCUGGGUCCUCACCAUUACACGCGUGUCUUUUUUAAUAUACAUAUAUAGAGAAACUACAGAACAAUCUUAAGUUUACAAAAGAGAGAGACUUUUUUAUUUUCUAUCCUGAUUGGACACCAGUGGAUGUCUUUGGGCAUCGAGCAGGGGGAUUUAAGGAAAAAGACAGGACCGUCACGGCACGGGAGACCCCAGUGUCUGCUUGACAAGCAGUGGAUGGGCCAGCCCCACCGAGGAAGAACGCUGUAGCUGAUUGGUGUGAAGAAGUGAGAUGCCCAGCCCCUUGGCGGAUGGAGUCCCUAUUUCGGCAGAGAGGGGAGGAGAGCAGGGGCUCUGGGGAAAUGUUGGGCGGCUUCUGCCGUUGUCUCCUCGUUCUGGGAAAUCGUUUGGCAGUCCUCUGUCCCUCCCCGUGUCUCCCGGGCCCAAACCCUGUAACUGCUACGGGGGCAAGAGAAGCUUUCAAAGAAUUUUAUUUUUAUAUAAUGUCAAACUUCGGUUUGCAAGGAGCCGCUUCCUUUUACCCCCUCCUUCUUUCCCGGAUGGUCCCAUCCGACGUCUCGAAGCAUAGUUGUGGCACGGGGCGAAGGCAGACCUACUGAACACAACAGAGCAAACCAGACAGGAAAGAGACAUGAGCUAAGCAUUGAUCCUUCAAGAUCCUGGCAUGUGAAGCCAUGCACUGCGGUGCAGUCAAGUCCUCUUUUCCCGUGCUACAGCCUCUCAGCUGUCCCUCCCUAGUUUCAAAAUAGUAAAGAGUCCAAUAGCACCUUAAGACCAACCAGCUUUAUUG